AAAACAAGGUCGUUCGCUUUAGCGUCGCGGUGCCCAUUGGAUGAGGGCAACAUUCUCGGAGCUGGGUGCUUGUACGAUCUAUCUCACCAUUCUUCCGCGGAAAAUCAAUGUAUACACGCAGUCAUUGGACGAUAGCUUUAGCUACGUCGAAGCGCUUUGGAACGAUUGUCAAUCAGUUUGGUACGAUGCGCUCUUGCAAGUGAGAUGGAACACUUUGAUUGGUCACUGAUGCAUGCGCGCAAAAACUUGGAAAUGUGGC